AUGCCACAUUCUAUAACACCCGAUUCUACGUCUGAAGACGUCCCAUCACAAGAGAUGUCGCACAAGGAGAACAUAAAAGCCGAGCCAGAAUCGCAAGAUGUUGCUAUGGAAGACGCAUCAACACCACAGCCAGUAGCGGACAAGCCCAAAGUGAAUCUGGAGGAGCUGUUCGACGAGGAAGAUUCAGACGAGGACAGAUCGACCCUCUCGGUAUGGGCACGGACAGCCUACAGCAAGAUAACCUCCACAUCCUCGUUCUCCGACCCAGACAUCAUGCGCGCAUUUUACCAGCGCAUCUUCCCUUUUCGCCAACUCUUCCAAUGGCUCAACCACGGCCCCAUACCCUCGCACGAUUUUGAUCAUCGAGAAUUUGCAUUUACCCUCCCCAACGAGUCAUAUCUACGAUACCAGUCCUUUGGCACCGCCGAUCUCCUGCGAAAACAGUGCAUUGCGAUGCUGCCCACGCGUUUCGAAAUCGGUCCCAUGUACAGCACCAACCCACGCGACCGCAAGACCCUGCGAAAAGCCAGUGCCUUUCGCCCCCUCAUGAAAGAACUGGUAUUCGAUAUCGACAUGACGGACUAUGAUGACAUAAGGACAUGUUGCAAUGGUGCCAACAUCUGUCACAAAUGUUGGUCCUUUAUUACCAUGGCGAUAAAGACACUUGACAUUGCGCUGCGUGAGGACUUUGGCUUCAAACACAUUCUCUGGGUCUACUCUGGUCGUCGUGGUGCCCACGCCUGGGUCUGCGACAAGCGCGCCCGCGAGUUAGACGACCAGAAACGUCGCGCCAUUGCAGGAUACUUUGAGCUUCUCAAGGGCGGCGAUCAAGGCGGCAAGAAAGUCAAUGCCCGCCGCCCAUUACACCCACACAUUGAACGCAGUCGCCAGAUAUUGAAGGAGUAUUUUCAAACCACCAUCCUCGCUGAACAAGAUCCCUGGGCGACCGAAGAGAAAGCACAGCAUUUGCUGAACCUACUGCCCGACACCACUCUCCGCGCUGCCCUGCAGAAGAAAUGGAGUUCCAGCCCCAACCGCUCCAGUGCCUCAAAAUGGGCAGAUAUCGACAGUCUUGCCGAAAGCGGCAAUUUAUCCAAGACGCCCAAAGAACUCCUCGAAGCAAAGCAAGACAUCGUUCUCGAAUACACCUAUCCGCGUCUCGACGCUGAGGUCUCGAAGAAAUUAAACCAUUUGCUCAAGAGCCCAUUCGUCGUGCAUCCCGGCACAGGACGCGUGUGUGUGCCAAUUGACACAAGGAAAGUAGAAGAGUUUGACCCCUUGGAGGUCCCGACGGUCACGCAGUUGUUACAGGAGAUUGAUGACUGGGAAGGAGAAGAAGGCGAGAAGAAGUUGCAGGACUGGGAGAAGACAAGUUUGAAGCCGUACGUUGACCACUUUAGGCGGUUCAUUGCCGGAUUGGUCGAGGAUGAAAAACCUGUGCUGAAGAGGGAGAGGGAGGAGGGGGUGGACACUAUGGAGUUUUGA